CAAUAAACGAUCCAUACAGCGCAUAGCUCUCUCUUAAUUCCUGUGAGUGUGAUAUGAACAAGAUGGUAAUCUUACGUGGACAUAAAGGUGCCUAAGGCCAGGCAGAUACCACCACAUCACCACCACUUUGACAAUCAAUUAUAUGCACAUUAUUCACACACCACAGCCAAUAUCUCUGAUCCUUUCCGUCUUCGUGCAGGCUGCAAAACUACGUUUACCCCAACAUUCAUCAUUAUCAUCAAGACGACGCAAUUCACUAUCUUGUCAAGACUGAACACCUUCCUCUCCAAGAACCUUCUGCAUCAGGCCACGACAAGCUACACGUACUCAGCCUGGAAAUAUUUUUGCAGUCAGCGAAUACAAAUAUCCUCCUCAAGUGCGAUUGACGAAUCUUCGAAGCAUCAUCAAUUAAUCUAGUAUCAUCGAGCUUGUUCUCAGCGUAAUCUUCUCCAUCAUCCAACACAAUCUCCAAGACCCUUAAGACAUGCCAGGCGAAUUUGAAGCGUCGCCUCGACAUACUGUUAGCAGCCAGCCAAUAGCCAUGAGCUCGAAUCCCUUCGACGCAUCCAAGAACAGCAACAGCGAUAGCAAAGACAUGCAAGCACACCAUCGACCAUCCCUAGAAUCAAUCGACCCAGUAGCGCAGCAAAAACAAAAAUCCCUAUCCAAAUCAAAAUCUGCAAUGCACUCCGCGCUCUCAGCCGCAAAACGCAGACUCUCCCCUUCGUCUAGCAAAGAUAAACAAAACGUCCUUGCUGGGUCGGAGGAAGAGUACGAGAAGCUUAAGCAGAAGGAGGUUGAGAAGCAGAAGAAGAAGGAUGAGUAUGCGAGGCUGGGGUUGGGCGAUAAGGUUAGGUUUGGGCAGGGAGGGAUGCAGAUGAACGGGUAGGUUGGAGGUGAAAGGACGGAAGGGUGGGUGGUUUGCUGGGGGAACGAUUGGUGAUUAGUGAGAGAUGGGAGAUCUGUUAGAGGCGUUGAGGUUUAACCUCCGCCUUAAUUUUCCGUUAGAGUAACAUGUAGUGUCGUGAUCUCCUUGCGUACAAUUCUGGAAAUUCCAGUUACUUUUGU